AUGAAGAUUCAAUCGCUGACACAGAAACUGGGGAAUUCUCGGUUGAAAGAACUGGUCGAUGGUAUUGAAGCAAUCAUUGAGGGCCGCGUUACCGCACAGGGAGCGACAACCAUUUCCCCGGUUACGUUCAAAAAACCACUCAGCUCCACGCUCUACUUCAAGCGUAUCCAUCCGAUGUACCCGUUCCUGGACCAACAAAGCUUCGAGGAGACGGCAUUCUCGACAAACCUCGCGCAGACGUUGGAAACAACCCCCGCAUUCUCUGCUCUUUAUCAUGCAGUACUUGCAUUGGGGUGUCAGUACCAUGAUGGUGGAUCCUUUGACCCCGGAAAGGGUAAAGCAUGGAAGUUCUUCCAAAUGUCACUAGGCCUGAUGGCCGACAUCCUCGUGCCACGAGAAUCGCUGCUUAACCUGCAAGCUUUGACUGCUAUGUCCAUCUUUGCUAUGAACACCUGUUGCUUGCAGAUUGACGAAAUCCUAAUCAUGGAAGCGGCGCGGAUGGCGCAGGCCCUCCGAUACCACCGAGCAAUCUGCAGUGGAGAGCAGCAAGUGUGGUGUCUACGCACAUUCUGGGUCAUCUACGGCAUGGAAAAGCAGUUAGCAUUUCAGAACAGGGAGAACUCAUUGAUCGCAGAUUAUAACGUAGGGUGUCCAAUCCCAGAAACACCUGAGGCCAGCUUUGAGGACUAUAACUGGUUUUUGUCCAGCAUCCGGUUUGCCAGGAUAACGUCACAAGCAUUUGAGCUUCUGUUCUCUAUUAGUGCCACUCAGAAUGUCACAGAAGCAUACUACACAACGAUUGAUUAUGUCCAGGAGCGCCUGGAGAAAUGGCGACUGACCGUGCCUGCAGGAUUUCGACCGGGAGAGUAUUGUCCUCCACAGACCUUCAUCGAUCCUGUGUCUAAAAUGGUCGCUCUCCAGACACACUACUCCUACUACAGCAUGGCCAUUGCUUUGGCGCGUCUCACUUUGCAGAUCGGCUCUGACGACGGUGCGCGACAAGAACACAGCAGACGAAAUCUGAUGGCUUCUGCCCGACGUAUAAUUGAGCUGACCCAGUAUAUUGACAAGGCACCGCAUACACCACUUUCUAUCCUUGCCAUAAUGCCGCUUGUAGCCCUCUUCAUACUUUUCGACUUUGUCGUCCACAAUCCCACACACUCGGAGACAAAGACCAAUUUGGCAAUGCUUGAUAUUGUUUCAGGGCACUUCGCUCUUCUCGAGCAUGCAUCCAAUGGCUCAUUGCCCUGUUCAUUGGUCUCGGAGUUUGCCCAUAUAGCGCGACAGCACGUCAAAGAUGUCAACGGUGGACGUGGCCCCGGAGAUAUGACGGAGGCCCCGCUUACCUCGACGCAAACGCCUUGCCGUGGCCAUAUCAGCACAGGAGCAGGCGCCGCGAGUAACACGCAGAUGCCAGUAACAAUGGAAGGGAACAUUUUGGAUGAUCAUCGACCUAAUGUUGAACUCGGCGGAGAGUUCGAACCGUACAAGCACACAGAUGGCGUCAGUGAGCCAGCAGACCAACUAUACUAUGCUGCAAUGGAUGCCAGUUUCGACUUCGGGAGCGACCUCUGUGUCCACUUUCUUUUCGGGGUUCGGCAAUGGCGAAACCUACAAAUCCUCACCGUCUCUGACCCCGCCUUCCUGUUAUGGCGUCAACUUCCCGCUCCUGCGCCACAAUCCGCCUUGAGCGUCGAAUAUCAACCACCAACAUUGGCUGUGAUGAUGUGUCUGGAUGUGUUAGGCAACCCAGGUCCAAAAGUGCGACCCAAAUUUACAGAAACCGGGAGACUCACCAUGGCCGUUCCCCUGGGUUUUGUUACAUAUCUCUUCCUAUUACUUGCGGGCUUCUAUCUUGCCCGCAAGAUAGCUAGGCUCGUCCAAGUCCGACGAUUCAAACAACUACACGGUUGCUUGCCCCCACCAAGAGAAUAUCAUAAAGAUCCGGUGCUGGGUCUGGAUGAAGUGCGGUCGAUGCUUCGAGUAUUUCGGGAAGACCGCUUUCUGGAAUGGGCGUUAGAGAAAUAUCGACGUUAUGGAAACACCUUCGCGACCUCAGUUCUGGGUGACGAUAAUAUAUGCACCGUUGAACCGGAAAACAUCAAAACCAUCCUGGCGGUGAAGUUCAAACAGUUUGACCUGGGAGAGAAAAGACGGAGAACGUUCCAUCCGCUAUUGGGCGAUGGUAUUUUCGCAUCCGAUGGGCCGCAGUGGGAACAUUCGCGGACUCUGCUGAGGCCGAGUUUCACUCGGACGCAGAUCGCGGCGACCGAUCUAUAUGAGAGGCACAUUCAGAGGCUGAUCAGCCAGAUUCCGCGAGAUGGCUCAACGGUGGACCUUCAGGACCUCUUUUUCAAGCUGACACUUGAUACAGCGACCGAGUUUCUGUUCGGAGAGUCUGUUGAGUCUUUGCGCCCUGGAUCUUCCGCCGAAUCUACUAGUUUUGCCCACCACUUUAACGUUGCCCAGGAUGGAAUAGCCUUCAGCGUGGCCGUCGCGCCAUUCGACCGACUGAUUUUCAGACCCAAGCUCAGGGAGUCUGUCAGAGAGGCAAGAGGAUAUGUCGGGAACUUCGUGAAAAAGGCUAUCGAAUACCGACGCUCGCUUGAUGCCGAGAAACAUGCGGGCGAUGUAUCAAACUCACAGUCGCGAUAUGUAUUUCUCGAGGAGCUCGCCAAGGAAACAGAUAAUCCAACCGACAUCACCGACCAGGUUUUGAACAUCCUCCUCGCAGGAAGAGACACGACCGCCAGUCUGCUAAGCAUGGUAUUCUAUCAUCUCGCACGGCGUCCAGAUAUCUGGGGAACCCUGCGGAGCGAGGUUGCGACACUCGACGGGAAAUACCCAUCGUUUGAGGAGCUAAAACAGUUGAAAUACCUCUCUUGGAUUAUUAAUGAGACUUUACGCCUGUACCCCGUGGUCCCAUCCAACAGCCGCACAGCAAACGAGGACACCUUCCUCCCCGUCGGCGGCGGACCAGACGGCAAAUCACCCGUGUUUGUCGCUAAAGGCCAAAGAGUUGCGUACGAUGUGUACGUGAUGCAUCGACGCCAUGAUAUAUUCGGCCCCGACGCGGAAGAGUUCCGACCGGAACGAUGGGAGACCAUACGACCCGGCUGGGCUUUUGUCCCUUUUAAUGGAGGCCCUCGCAUUUGCCUCGGACAGCAGUUCGCCUUGACCGAGGCGUCUUAUACGAUCGUAAGAAUUGUGCAGUCGUUCAAGGAGAUCACCAAUCGGGACCCGGAGCCUUGGCAGGAACGACUCGCACUUACGUUGGCGAGUAGGCAUGGGACGAAGGUGGCGAUGGUGCCUGUCUAG